UAUACUUCUCCAAUUUUUCUUUUAAAUAGGUUUAACAACACUCAACAGAAUUUCACGUGAAGCAUUACUACCAAAUGGCCUCGAAACAAAAUGCAGAAUGAACGCUGUAAAUACACCAACGGCUUUCCAAGAUUUAACGGCGUCCUUCCAAAACUUCUGGUCUUGCGCGUCAUCAAAUCUGUUUGGGGGAAAUCCAGAUGAUUGUCCAAAAAUAUCAAGAACGGUUGAAAUUUGCGCUGAUGAAUUUUACCCAAAAUUACGACAAUGUUUAUUACCAAAAGAAGACGAAUUCUUCAUCGGGUUUGUUAGAGAUUCUAUUAAAGCCGUUUUGGAGUUUGCUUGCAAGGAUAAUGCAUUAAAUUUACGUGAUUUCCUUACAGUUGGGGGUUUAAAAUGUUUAAAAAAUUCCGAAAGUACUCAUAACUUUGAAGGAUGUAUGGAAAGAGUAGAUAGACAUAAAGUUGAAAAUGGUCAAGUGGUAAUUGAAGAAGAAGCUCUGUGUAAGUAAGUAAACUUUACUAAUUAUUAAAAA